AUGGUUGCUGCUUCGGUGAAUCGCACUGCUCUGCACCCUGGUGGUGUUCAGCCGGGCAAGGGUCACACUGAGCUCGAGGAAGAGCUUCACGAACACGCCCACAUUGACUAUGACCGCGUUGCUAUUAUUGCCAACCCUGCUGUCCCUGCUCUCUACGAAGAUGCUCUGGUCUACGAGACUGGUACCGCUAUCACCUCCAGCGGUGCCCUGACUGCCUACUCUGGUGCUAAGACUGGUCGCUCUCCCUCUGACAAGCGUAUCGUCAAGGAGGAGACCUCCGAGAACGAUGUCUGGUGGGGACCUGUCAACAAGCCCAUGACUCCUGAUGUCUGGCGCAUCAACCGUGAGCGUGCUGUCGACUACCUCAACACCCGUAACCGCAUCUACGUUAUCGAUGGUUUCGCCGGCUGGGACGAGAGAUACCGCAUCAGCGUCCGUGUCGUCUGUGCCCGUGCCUACCAUGCUCUCUUCAUGCGCAACAUGCUUAUCCGCCCCUCCCAGGAGGAGCUGAAGCACUUCCACCCCGACUACGUUAUCUACAACGCUGGUUCUUUCCCCGCCAACCGCUUCACUGAGGGUAUGACCUCCGCCACCUCCGUUGCCAUUAACUUCGCCGAGAAGGAGAUGGUCAUCCUGGGUACCGAGUACGCUGGUGAGAUGAAGAAGGGUGUCUUCACCGUCCUCUUCUACGAGAUGCCCGUCAAGCACAACGUCCUGACCCUCCACUCUUCGGCCAACGAGGGCAAGGAUGGCGACGUGACCGUCUUCUUCGGUCUCUCGGGUACUGGCAAGACCACUCUGUCUGCCGACCCCAACCGUGCCCUGAUCGGUGACGACGAGCACUGCUGGACCGACCGUGGUGUCUUCAACAUCGAGGGUGGCUGCUACGCCAAGUGCAUUGGCCUCUCCGCCGAGAAGGAGCCCGAUAUUUUCAACGCCAUCCGCUUCGGAUCCGUCCUCGAGAACGUUGUCUUCGACCCCAUCUCCCGUGUUGUCAACUACGACGACUCUACCCUUACUGAGAACACCCGCUGUGCUUACCCCAUUGAGUACAUUGAGAACGCCAAGAUCCCCUGCUUGUCCGACAAGCACCCCUCGAACAUCAUCCUCCUCACCUGCGACGCCCGUGGUGUCCUUCCCCCGAUCUCCAAGCUCACCACCGAGCAGACCAUGUUCCACUUCAUCUCGGGUUACACCUCUAAGAUGGCUGGUACUGAGGACGGUGUCACCGAGCCCCAGGCUACCUUCUCCUCCUGCUUCGCCCAGCCCUUCCUGGCCCUGCACCCCAUGCGCUACGCCCGCAUGUUGGCGGACAAGAUCUCGCAGCACAAGGCCAACGCCUGGCUGCUCAACACCGGUUGGGUUGGUGCUGGCGCUACCACCGGUGGUAAGCGUUGCCCUCUCAAGUACACCCGUGCCAUCCUGGACGCCAUCCACAACGGCUCCCUCAACCAGGUUGAGUACGAGACCUACGAUGUGUUCAACCUGCACGUUCCCAAGACCUGCCCCGGUGUUCCUUCCGAGCUCCUCAACCCCAAGAACAGCUGGACCGCCUCGACGAACUUCUCCGACGAGGUCAACAAGCUUGCCAAGCUGUUCAACGACAACUUCGGCAAGUACGCUGACCAAGCGACGCCCGAGGUCAUUGCGGCCGGUCCGGUGCCUCAGUAA